CGAGAAGAAGAACAGUCACUACAGGAAUCAGGAAGUCAACUUAGUUAAUAUCAUCCGGCAGAGUCGGAGCUGUGCUCGUUCUAAUUCAUCAGAGGCAUUUAAUUUUUUAUCUUAAAAUAUGUCUAAAAGGCAUCGCCUGGAUUUGGGCGAUGACUACUCAUCCAGUAAGAAGAGGUCUGACGGGAGAGACCGGGAUCGUGACAGAGACCGGGAAGACCGCUCCAGAGACAGAGACCGAGACAGGGAUAGGGAUCGGGACAGAGACCGAGACAGAGACAGAGAUCGUGACCCGAAACCUUCUAGUGCACCGUCUAACAGCACAGCACCUGUGAUAGGCUUGAUGCCCAUCAAGCAAAUGGCUGUCCACCAGCAGAUAAAUCCAUUUACUAACCUACCCCACACCCCACGCUACUAUGAGAUCCUGAAGAAGAGGUUACAACUUCCGGUGUGGGAGUACAAGGACCGCUUCAGUGAUAUAAUCUCUCGCCAGCAGAGCUUUGUACUUGUGGGAGAGACUGGCUCUGGGAAGACAACACAGAUCCCACAGUGGUGUGUGGACAUGGUGAGAGGCUUGCCUGGUCCUAAGCGAGCAGUGGCCUGCACUCAGCCUAGGAGAGUGGCAGCCAUGAGUGUGGCUCAGAGGGUGGCGGAUGAAAUGGACGUCAUGCUCGGACAGGAAGUGGGUUACUCCAUUCGAUUUGAGGACUGCAGCUCUGCCAAGACUAUUCUCAAGUACAUGACAGAUGGUAUGUUACUAAGAGAGGCUAUGAAUGACCCACUGCUGGAGCGAUAUGGUGUGAUCAUUCUCGACGAGGCCCACGAACGAACUCUGGCUACAGACAUCCUGAUGGGAGUACUCAAAGAGGUGGUACGCCAAAGAGCUGACCUGAAGGUUAUCGUCAUGAGCGCCACGCUAGAUGCUGGAAAGUUCCAGAUAUAUUUUGACAACUGUCCUCUGCUGACUAUUCCUGGACGUACGCACCCUGUGGAGAUCUUCUACACACCCGAACCAGAGCGAGACUACCUGGAGGCUGCGAUACGCACCGUCAUCCAGAUUCAUAUGUGUGAGGAAGAAGAAGGAGACUGUCUUCUCUUUCUCACUGGUCAAGAGGAAAUUGACGAGGCCUGCAAACGAAUCAAGCGUGAAGUGGAUGACCUCGGACCUGAAGUUGGAGACAUAAAAAUCAUUCCACUGUAUUCCACGUUGCCCCCUCAGCAGCAGCAAAGAAUUUUUGAGCCUCCUCCUCCAAGGAAGCCUAGCGGUGCAAUAGGAAGAAAGGUUGUGGUGUCAACAAACAUUGCUGAGACCUCUCUGACAAUUGAUGGUGUAGUGUUUGUCAUUGAUCCUGGAUUUGCCAAACAAAAGGUGUACAAUCCUCGUAUCAGAGUUGAGUCCUUGCUCGUCACAGCCAUCAGUAAAGCUUCUGCCCAGCAGAGAGCAGGGCGAGCCGGCAGAACACGUCCUGGAAAAUGUUUCCGGCUCUACACAGAGAAGGCCUACAAAACAGAGAUGCAGGAUAACACAUACCCAGAAAUACUUCGGUCCAACUUAGGAUCUGUUGUGCUGCAGUUGAAAAAGCUUGGUAUUGAUGACCUGGUGCACUUUGAUUUUAUGGAUCCACCAGCUCCCGAGACGCUGAUGAGGGCCCUGGAACUUUUGAAUUACCUUGCAGCUCUCAACGAUGACGGUGACCUGACGGAGCUGGGCUCCAUGAUGGCCGAGUUUCCCCUGGACCCCCAGCUGGCUAAGAUGGUUAUUGCCAGCUGCGAGUUUAACUGCUCUAAUGAGAUCCUUUCCAUUACUGCCAUGCUGUCAGUCCCACAGUGUUUUGUCCGGCCCACGGAGGCUAAGAAGGCAGCAGAUGAAUCCAAGAUGAGGUUUGCUCACAUUGAUGGAGACCACUUGACGCUGCUCAACGUCUACCAUGCCUUCAAACAAAACCAUGAGUCGAACCAAUGGUGUUACGACAAUUUUGUCAACUACCGUUCACUGAUGUCUGCGGACAAUGUGCGCCAGCAGCUGUCCAGGAUCAUGGACCGCUUCAACCUGCCUCGUCGCAGCACAGAGUUCACCAGCAGAGAUUAUUACAUCAACAUCCGCCGGGCACUCUGCACAGGUUUCUUCAUGCAGGUGGCUCAUUUGGAGCGAACAGGUCAUUACCUCACAGUCAAAGACAACCAAGUUGUCCAGCUGCACCCGUCUACAGUCUUGGACCACAAGCCCGAGUGGGUGCUCUACAACGAAUUUGUUCUCACCACAAAGAACUACAUCCGCACUUGCACAGACAUCAAGCCAGAGUGGUUGGUGAAGAUUGCACCCCAGUACUAUGAAAUGAGUAACUUCCCACAAUGUGAAGCUAAACGACAGCUGGAGCGAAUCAUUGCCAAACUAGAGAGCAAGGAGUAUUCUCAGUACUGAACAAUAGCCGAGAAGUGUCCUGGAAAGCAACCACGUACUAUAGUUUUAGAUCUUUCUGUACCAUUGUAUCUUAAUGUUUAACGUUUUUGGAAGUUUUGAUUUUUAUAUUUUGUUGUUUUUUUUUUUUUUUUGUGUUUUUUGUUUUUUUUCUGCCCCCCCCCCCAUCAUUGUUAAUUCUGUAACUAAGUGUACUGUCAAAUUAAAUAUCAGCAGCUAAUAUUAGAUCUGGCUAAAAAGAUUUUCCAAAGGAAUAUCAGAAACAUGUCAAUGAUGUGGUUGACCUUCCUUUAGGGGAUUGCUGAGUCAGAGUUGUGCUUGCUUUGUUUCUUUAAUAAAGGAGCUUUGACUUAA